GUUGAGCCUGGCCCCCAGGGAUUAGGAAAUGUGUGUCUGUGUUUGUCCUGUGUGAAUGCAGCCACCUAAAGACAAACAAAAGAAGGCAUCUAGAGGGAAGACAAGCAGACAGAGGCUGACCAGGAAAACUCUGAGCUUCUCUCCUCUAAAGCUCCCCUGAAGUCUUCCUUUGCUUAACUCAUCAGUUCCACAUUUGGAGAAAGCGACAAGAUGCCUGGUGAAUACAAGCUCUUGCUUGAAGGGGCCAAAGAGCUGGUGCUUGUCUGCACCCAAGGCCAGAAGUAUCUCCUGGAGGCUGGCAUGAAACAGCUGGAGGUGCUGGAAAAUGCCAGUGUGGUGGUUGGCAAAGAUGGCUGUAUAAAGGCGGCUGGUGAAGCAGGUGCCAUUCGCCAGCAGUUUUCUGGAGCGUCGUUUGAAAAAAUUAUUGAUUGUUCAGGAAAGUGCAUUUUACCAGGUCUGAUAGAUGCACACACACAUCCUGUAUGGGCUGGUGACAGGGUUCAUGAAUUUGCAAUGAAGUUGGCAGGAAUUUCCUAUAUGGAGAUUCAUCAAGUAGGAGGGGGAAUACAUUUCACUGUGAGGCAUACUCAGCAAGCCCCCGAAGAUGAGCUCUUCCAGAGUUUCAAACAGCGACUCCUGCGCAUGCUCAGAGCUGGCACUACUUUGGUUGAAUGCAAAAGUGGAUAUGGCUUAAACCUUGAAACGGAAAUCAAGAUGCUCAGAGUGAUUGAGCGAGCCAAGCAGGAGCUGGACAUUGGUAUUUCUUCUACUUACUGUGGAGCCCAUUCUGUUCCCAAGGGCAAAACUGCCACCGAAGCUGCUGAUGACAUUAUCAACUUCCACCUUCCUAAACUGAAGGAACUUGACCUUAAUGGUGAAAUACAUAUUGACAAUAUUGAUGUUUUCUGUGAGAAGGGUGUCUUUGAUCUGAAUUCCACCAGAAGAAUCCUUCAGGCUGGGAGAGAUAUGGGAUUACAGAUUAACUUCCAUGGAGAUGAACUGCAUCCAAUGAAAAGUGCUGAGCUUGGAGCUGAACUGGGCGCUAGAGCUAUAAGUCACCUAGAAGAAAUUAGUGAUGAAGGUAUUACUGCAAUGGCCCAAGAAAAGUGCACAGCAGUCUUAUUACCAACCACUGCCUAUAUUCUGAGAUUAAAACAACCUCAAGCUAGAAAAAUGUUAGAAGAAGGAGUGAUUGUUGCUCUCGGCAGUGAUUUUAACCCCAACGCUUAUUGCUGUUCAAUGCCUAUGGUAAUGCACUUAGCCUGCAUAAACAUGAAGAUGUCCAUGAAAGAAGCUUUAGCUGCUGCUACUAUCAAUGCAGCUUAUGCUCUUGGAAAAUCACAUUCACAUGGCUCCAUAGAAGUUGGCAAACAAGGAGAUCUCCUCAUCAUUAACUCACCCAAAUGGGAACAUGUCAUCUACCAGUUUGGCGGUCAUCAAGAACUGAUUGAAUAUGUAAUUGUAAAAGGAAACAUUGUCUAUAAAAAUGACAGCAUUUUGGACUUCUAGGUACAUCCUGUAAGGCUCAGUAUAACCAUUGCCAGAAACGCUGAAGGAUACACAGACUAAUAAUUAUCAGGAUCCCACAUCUAUACAAAAGCUGUUUAUCAUAUCACACAAUAUGUGCUUAUUGUAGAUAAGGCUCUAGGAUUUUCCUAGUUUUGAUCUGCCUUCUUCUUGUUCUUUUUUAUAUGAGAAAAACUAAGACAAUAUUACCUUUAAUCAUCUUCCUCAUACUUUCAAAGUGAACUGUGAAAUCAACCUGUAUCUGUAUUUUAAAAAUGGAUUUAGUUUUGUAUUACUGAAGGUGAUUAUUUAUAUCCUCUUUAACACAGAAAGGAAUGAAUUGCUGUAUUAAAAAUAUUAAAAAUUAUUGUAGAAAAUU